AUGUAUGACAAAACUUGUAAUUCACUACAAUGGAAUACAACUGGUAUAACUGUAGCUGGCGGAAAUGGACAAGGUAGCAAUUCAAAUCAAUUUAAUGGUCAACGUGGGUUUGUUAUUGAUCAAAAUAAUAAUUUAUAUGUCAGCGAUUUUAACAAUCAUCGUGUACAGUACUGGGCAUAUGGGUCGACAACUGGUGUAACCGUAGCUGGUGGUCAUGGCAUAGGAAAUGCCACGAAUCAGCUAAAUCAUUCCUCAACCUUAUCGGUUGAUUCAAAUGGUAAUAUGUUUAUUGGUGAUAGUUAUAAUUUUCGUGUACAAUAUUGGUCAAAUGGUUCAACUAGUGGCCAAUCAGUUGCCGCUAAUAAUGGUUAUGGUGCUAAUUUGAAUCAGAUUAAAUAUUCUGACGGUUUAUACGUUAAUUUUGCUUCAUCAAAUGCAAUUUAUACAUCCGAUAAUGGAAACUAUAGAAUUAUGAAAUGGGCACCAAACGCAACAACAGGUAGUGUUGUAUUUGGCGGUACAACGGGUACGGGUUUGAACCAGUUGUACGGUGCAUCAACAAUUGAUUUUGAUUCGUCGGGAAAUUUAUACAUUGCUGAUAGUGGAAAUCAUCGUAUUCUUAAAUAUAAUUUUACAGGAACAUAUGCAACGUUAGUGGCAGGUACAUCAGGUACAUCUGGUAAUACGGUGACAACAUUACAGGAUCCAAGUGGUGUCUUUAUUGAUAAAAAUAACGGAAAUAUUUAUGUCAGUGAUACAAGUAAUCACCGUAUACAGUUAUUUACACAAGGUUCAACAACAGGCAUGACAAUUGCGGGUGGACAAGGAUCAGGAUCAAGUUCAAUACAAUUAAAUUCACCAUUUUUAGUUCAACUAGAUCAGUAUUAUAAUUUAUAUGUCUCCGAUUCAGGAAAUAAUCGAAUACAAAAAUAUUUAACUAUAUGUUAA